AUAGCUCAGUUCGCGAUUCUUUCUCUCUAACCUACUCCUUCGCUCAGGGGCAGAGGUGCUAGCCACCUCCUGGUGUCAUUCCAACGUCGUGCCUACACAGUCACCGCGGCCGGAAGGCGUUGCUCGGGUCAGCACCAGCACCAGAACCAGCAACAGCCACAGCAUCAUCAGCAUGCCCAACAACAAUGCCUUCAACGACUCGGACGAUGGCGAUGACGCCGUGUGCCCCCUCUGCUGCGAGCCCAUGGACCUCUCGGACAAGAACUUCGUCCCGUGUCCGUGCGGGUACCGGGUUUGCAUGUGGUGCUGGCAUCGCAUCAAGGAGAACUACACCGGCCUCUGCCCCGCGUGCCGCUCUGAGUACGCUGACGACCCCCACGCCUUCGCCGCGGUGGACAAGGAAGAGGUCAUCAAGAAUGAAAACAACAAGAAAAAGCGGGCCAAGCAGAGAGACACCGACUCGACCGGCGCGGCGGCGGCGGCCGCGGCGGCUCGGGAGCACCAGCACGCCCUGCACCUCAGACACCACCACCAACACCAGCAACAUAUGCAACACUUGCAUCGAGAACAGGUACAGCAGCAGGGAGGGGGCAGGGGCGGGGGGGGGGGGGGGGGCGCGACCUCGGUGGCAAACAGGCGUGAGCUGGCCAACAUGCGCGUCGUGCAGCGCAACCUGGUGUAUGCGACCGGGUUGCCGGCCGGCCUUGACUCCGAGGAGGUGCUGCGAAGACCGGAAAACUUUGGGCAGUAUGGCAAGAUCUACAAGAUCGCCAUCUCAGUUUCGCAAGCGUCUGAGCCGCGCCCGGGGAACUUCAGCGCCCAUAUCACGUUCGCGCACAAAGAGGACGCUCUAGCCUGCAUUCUCGCCACAGACGGGUUCUGGCUCGAAGGCCGACAGUUGCGCUCCAACUUCGGGACGACAAAGUACUGCGCGACGUACCUCCGGAAUUCUCCCUGCUCGAACCCGGACUGUCUGUACCUGCACGAGCUAGGAGACGAGGAGGAUCGCUUCACCAAGGAAGAGAUUCAGCAGCGUUCCCUGCUAGCCCCGCCAAUACCUCCCGGCGCUGUGACGGUGACGGGAGGCGGGGGACCCAGUGGGACCGGCAUGCGAUGCAACUCGCCGUAUCUACCCCCGCCGGUGUACGAGUCUUCCUCUAAUGGAUCGGGCCAUAGAGAGAGCGGGGCGGCGGCAAGGUCGCAGGGGCAGCAGGGGGCAGCGGCUGCCGGUGGUGCGACGGUGGCGCAGCGAGCGGCGGCGGCGAGAGGGGCUAAAGCGACCGGACAGGCUGCUGCAGUGCCAACGGCGUUGAAGACCUCGGGCUCCACUGGGGUGGCCUGGGGCGGGGCAGGGGCAACAAAUGGGCCAAUUGCUCAAUCGUUGGGGGAGCGAAGCGGGGUGGCGGUGGUUACCCGGGGGAAGGGGCCCAUGGGCGUGGCCAGCCCCACCGCGUCCCCUCACCUCCAAGCGCACAACCCCGCACGCCUGCAGGAAGAGUGGCCUUCACUUGCAGACACGGCCGCGCCGGCGCCGGCCCCAACGCCGACACCCGCCCCCACGACUACGAAUCGCACCAGUAGGAACCGCCGCAAGAAGGAGAAGCAGCAGCAGCAACAACUGCAACAACAGCAGCAACAACUGCAACAGCAACAACAGCAACAGCAAAAGCAGCAGCAGCAGUUGCCAAAAGAAAGUGGGGGGACCGCUUCUGCUGCUGCACCUCCGAGUUCGCCACCUCAGGAACCAGCGGCGUUGGCUCCAGCUGCUACUGCUGCUGCUACUGCUGCUGCUACUGCUGCUCCUGCUGCCGCUGUGCCCUCUUUGCCUGCUCCGAGAAUGCCUCCCGUAGUGUCACAGCCGCCAGGCCUCGGACCGGUAGCUGGGGUUCCUGCUUUGCCACAGACCUCUGCUGCUCCGGCAGGCGUUGCGUCAAGCCCAGGCGAUGCAGCGGCAGCGGCGGCGGGUGGUCCACCUCUGGGAGAAGAUGGAGUAACCGGAAACACGUCGGCUGGUUCCCAGGAUACAUCGUCCUCGAUGUUUUUUAACCCGUUUUUCAGCAACGGAGGGCGCGGUGCCGCCGGCGGUGCCGGCGGUGCCGGCGGUGCAGACAUGCCUUCGGUCGUCUCGGCGCCGCCCCCGCCAGGCCGGCGAGGUCGUUGUUCGAAGAGCAUUUUGGCGGCGGCGGUGGUGGUGGCGGCGGCGGCGGCGGCGGCUGUGGCGACAGCGUGUUCAACGGCGGAAUGUUCUCCUCGGCAGCGAUCGGGGGGGGGCUUUUUGCCGGUGAGGCUGGGACUGGGUCCGCUGCAUCCGCUGCUGGCACCGCACGCGCCGCUGGCUCACCGCCCCCCGGCUUGCCCUCUGCGCCUGGGGUGACAGACGUUCCUCGCGUAUCGCAACAGCCCGAGCGAUCAUCGCCCGCAGGAAGGGAACCGCAGGACUCUCCUGUCGAGCAGCCACAGCCAGACAUCAAGGCGUCCAUAUCUGAGCUGCUCCACGGUCCGACGAAAGGAUUGGGCAAGGGCGCCGCCGCCGAUUGCGAAAGCGACCUGUCCUUCGCCUCUGUCGGUGGUGGAACAGAACCUACGGGCUAUGGGCUGGACGGGACCACGGCGACAUCGGCGCACGUGGCUGCGUCUCCGUUUGGAGCGGUGUCUGGCGGGGGACACUUCGGUGGUGCGUUCGGCAGCGCGUUGUUUCCAGUGUCAACGCACCAGGGGGGCGCCGCACGUGGCCACGGGGGGCUCGGGGGCACGGACGGUCCGGGGGCGGAUCUUUCCGUGGACCCGUUCGCCAACUCGUCGGGGGCGCUUGCGCGCAUGCUGGGGGUGACGUUGCCCCCCGUAGACUCUCACAGCUCCUUAGCGCGCAAGAUGAGAUCGGGUGUCGGCGUUUCGCCCGUUGGUGGGGCCAUGCAACAGGACACGUCGCCGUCGCGUUUGCACGUGCCGCCCCGUGGCGGCGGUGCCUACGCAGAUUUUUCCAGGGAUAUGGACCGCGGUCGGCCGGGGGGGCAUGGUGGGCCAGGGAAAGCGGGGGCUCGGGACGCCUCCGGCGUGGAAAGGAGCUGUGGAGCACGGCACGAGUACGGGGAUAACCAGAAGGGUGGCGGUGCGCUCCAGGACAACCACCAGGCAUCGCGCUUUUCGUUUGCCCAGGACGAUAACCCGGGCAUGCCGUUCUCGCCCGCGAGGGGGUCACCGCAGAUGGGGCCUGAUCCGCGUGGGUCUCCCGGAGGGAUGGGGAGCCCUUCUCACCCAGGGCAGCACCACCACCUACACCACCAGCACCACCACCAGUCACACGCGCAUCGGCCAUUCGGCGCAGCGGGACAAGGAGCGGGGCAAUCGGUGACUCCGCCGCAACUAGGCGAAUUUGGUGGUGGAGUCGAAGGGCAUUUCGCGCCGCCGCCCCCGCCGCAUCAUCACCAUCCCCACCACAGCCAG